AGCGAGUGGCAACAGCUGAUCGAGUUAGAUAAUAGUUUAGUGCUCCCCAAAAUCAUGGCUCUCAGAUUUGUGGCCCAAUCAUGCAGAUCCUUGCUGCAACGUGGCGAUCGUCCCUUGUCCUGGACUCGCACACUCUCCCAUUAUCCCGUCAACGAUGCCAUGUUCGGCUUAGAUGAGGAUAAGCAAAAGUUGCGAGAAGUGGCUUUCAACUUCUUCCAGAAGGAACUGGCUCCUUUGGCCAAGGAAAUUGAUAAGCUGGAUAGCUUCAAGGACAUGCGUCCUUUCUGGAAAAAACUAGGUGAUCUUGGUUUCCUGGGCAUCACAGCUGAGCCAGACUUUGGUGGCACUGGGGGAAGCUACCUCGAUCACUGCAUUAUCAUGGAGGAGUUCUCACGUGCUGCUGGAGGCGUGGCCCUUUCGUAUGGAGCCCACUCCAAUCUGUGCAUCAACCAGUUGACCAAAAAUGGCACUCUCGAGCAGAAAGAGAAGUACCUUCCAAAGUUGUGCAGUGGCGAGCACAUUGGAGGUCUGGCCAUGUCUGAACCAGGAGCGGGAUCCGAUGUGGUGUCCAUGAAGCUGCGUGCCGAGCGUAAAGGAGACUAUUAUGUCCUAAAUGGAUCCAAAUUCUGGAUUACGAAUGGCUCGGAUGCGGAUACACUGGUGGUCUAUGCCAAGACAGGAGGCAGUGGAGUUCCGGACAAGCAUGGAAUCACUGCGUUUAUAGUGGAAACUGCAUGGGAAGGAUUCAGCGUGGCCCAAAAGCUAGACAAGCUGGGCAUGCGAGGAAGCAGUACCUGUGAACUGGUUUUCCAGGAUCUAAAGGUGCCUGCUAAGAAUAUCCUGGGCCAGGAGAACAAGGGCGUCUAUGUGCUGAUGUCGGGAUUGGACUUUGAACGGCUGGUGCUAGCUGCCGGACCCGUUGGUUUGAUGCAAGCCGCUUGCGACGUGGCCUUUGAUUAUGCCCACCAGCGGAAGCAGAUGAACCAGUUGAUUGGUGAGUUCCAGCUGCUCCAGGGAAAGAUGGCGGAUAUGUACACCACACUGAGUGCCUGCAGGAGCUAUCUGUACACGGUGGCUAGAUCCUGCGAUGCGGGCAAUCGCAGUCCCAAGGAUUGCGCUGGAGUAAUUCUCUAUGCCGCCGAGAAGGCCACACAAGUGGCUCUGGAUGCCAUCCAGAUUCUCGGUGGUAACGGCUACAUAAAUGAAAAUCCAACAGGUCGCAUUCUGCGCGAUGCCAAACUGUACGAAAUUGGAGCCGGAACCUCUGAGAUCCGACGCUGGCUUAUUGGCCGCCAGCUUAACCAGGAGUAUAAGUGAAAAGAUGACCAACACUCUUUCUAAUCCGAACCAGAAACGCAUUUACGGUAAGACAACUGUGGCAAUUAUGUGGAUUAACUCUACUACCUGACAGACUAAAAGUUGCAUUUAUUUUUUUAAUAAGAUUUGUAAAAUAUGUAUGUUUUAUCAAUGUCUAUAUGUGCCUUAAUAAAAAGAAAUAUAAUAUAUUUUAUCUAA